AUGAAAAACUCCAGAGACCUCGCCCAACGACAUCACUCUGCGUACCACGAAACCAAAGACUCAAUGUUGGCCUCGCCGUGCGACGUACCUGCCAUUGCUUGCAUCCAUUGUGCAAGCGCGAAGACACGGUGUGAUAAAAGAGUUCCCUGCUCGCGCUGUGCAGAAAAAGAUUUACAAUGCGAGGCUCGGUUUGCUCGUCGAAGACGUUCACAAAGACCCCCUAUUCGGUCCCCUUCCACGAAGGCAGCUCUGAGUCCAUUGUCUGGGAAUGGCCUCGUUCAGAUUGUUCCUCAAGAACCUCACACCGAAAGUGCCACAAUACAGCCUAAUACGCCACUACCGCAGCCACCUCAACGUCCAGACCUUCCCCAGCGGAAGACAUAUACCCUUCCUAACCUUAUCACUGCUGGUCAUGCCUUUGGGACACCACCCAACUCAUCUGGCCGUGAGCUUGACGCCAUCAUGACCCUUGACGAUGACCUUCUUGAUGGAGAGUACCAAGAUCUCAUGAUGUGGAACCAAUAUUCACUCUUUCCUGACACAGACGAGCUCCAAAAUGUUCCAGGGAUACCUCCUUCCAUGGAGCUCAAUGGAAGCUCAUUAACCUCAGAGUCACUAUCUCUCGGUUAUUCCAUGCCCACCCCAGGGGCCAUAAGCUCCAAUACCAGGAACGGCAGUCUGGAGACGGUGCCUUCUCUUACACCCUCGCAUACCAGGACCGCCAGCAUGGCUUCGCGCUUAGACUUCGACCAGCAGUUCGACAUGGUGGAUGUCGCCGUGGCCAGCAUACAAGAGGUCAUGACCCCCGAGCGAGAGAUCGCCAUUGCGGCUGAAGCAGCAUGGCCCCUUGCACGAUGUAACCCUCCAAUCUUCUCCGGCUCUUGUCCCCGCACGGCAGUUAUGCAUCUCGAGGCUCUUGAAGAGCUUUCGAAGCACGAGACCUGGACGCGGUUAGCUCAGAAUAUUGCUGCCGCUGCAGCCGACUUCAACGGCCAGAUAGCAGUUGUGCCCCUGAAUGGGAGUACGAGAGAUAGGAUACUCGCUAUUACCCAAAGCUUCUUGCACCGAGCGCUUGAAACCCACAGCGGUAGGAUGAAAAGCUCGACCAAGACCUCGAGUGCUGAAGGUGGUUUCAACUUUCUUGUCUUGCCGCCAUCCAAUGUUCUGGAAUAUUUCCUUCGGAGUUCUCUUCGAAAUCUUGGGCUUUAUUAUAUGUUGAUCCAAGAAGGUACCCUUGAUCCCAACCACCUAUUGCCUAACAGCCAGCGGUCCACUCUUCUCUUGCUGCUGAUGAUCGCUCAUGGGGCCAUUGCUGAAGCCAGAGUUCUCACGUCUGGCUUGAUCGAGGCCUGUCGCAUCUCCCUCUUUCAUGUGAUCGAGAAAGAUGUCGAGCUAUCGGCCGAUCCCACGAUCUUGCGAUGCGCUUUGCUCUUCAUCAUCGUGGGGGCAUGGAGUGGCGAUGCCUGGCACAUGAAUAUUGCGAUGGGUCAGAGAGCGAUGUAUCUGGCGAUGCUCAAGCAUGGUGGAAUGUUGGAGCCAUCGCCAUUGAUGAGCUUGAUGAGAGACUCGUCGAGCACAGAACUCAGAUGGAGAGCAUGGCAACAACAAGAAAGCAAGAGCAGGCUGGUCUAUAACUGGGUGAUGGUCGAUCAGGAAUUAGGUUUGUUUCAUGAUACUGCACCCAUCCUAUCAAUCACGGAGCUCGGUACCCCCAUGCCGGGCUCCGACUACCUCUGGGUUGCAAAGGACCCAAUAGAAUGGCUCGCCGCUAUUCAAACGGGCAGUGGUACGAGUACAAACUGGAUGAGCCCAACCUCCCUCCCGAGUCCGCCGAUGCAGCCCUCCCUCUGCGAUCUCUUCCAAGAUUUACUCAACGAGUCCCGGAGGUUCGGUCAACUCUCUCCGCUAGAGCUAAGGCUCCUUCUCCAUCCCAUCCAGUCUCUCCUCUUCCACCUCCGUCAAGUCUCAAGCUGCUUCUCCGACCUCUUCUCUUCUCGCCGCGGCUCAAGAACCCUCACAAAAACAUCCACUCUCCUCCGCCUGGAGGAGAUCCAAUCCUUACUGCAAAAAUGGUACGAGCUAUCCGCCCUCAACGCCAAACCAAACUGCCUCAUCACCCAAUCCAACCUCGUGCUCUACCACCUCAUCUCCCUCAAUGCCAUCACCUCCUGCCCUGAGACAGAACGUCUCGCACGACGAGAAGCCUUCGAUGGCUCAAGUCGGGAACUGCAUGCGCGGUAUAAGCGCUGCAUCCACCAGCCUGAAGAGGCGGUCUUCCACUCGGGGCAGAUCAUCAGACUGCUGAUGAGCAUGCCGAAGGAAGGCCAGCCGUAUUGGUGGUCCACGGCCUUGUAUCGAGCGACGAUGAUCCUGUGGGUCGAGAGUCUCUUCCGUCUUGAUCAGGAUACACAAGCUGGGUUUGAUGCUUCGGGAAGAGGAGAGGUGUUCCCGAUUAAUAUGGUGAUGGAGGAUGAUGCGUUGGUGUCGGCGUGGUUGGGGAGCGGAGAAGGCGUCCCGGUCUUGAGACAUGGAGAGAGGGAGUUCAAGUUGUUGCCGGAGGAGGUGUUGGGUUUUAGCAUUGGGGUUAUUGGGGAGGGAGGACAGAGUCUGAGGGUCAGUGAGGGGAUUGCGAGGAAGCUGCAGAUGCUGGCGGGCAAUUGGAGGAUGAAGGUUUAG